AUUUUUUUAAACAAUUUUUUUUCUUUAAACAUUCUUUUGUUUGUCCUAAAUUAUGUACGGUGUCAAAGGAACAUCAACCAUUAUCAACACUGUCACAAGGCAAGGUGUACUCACCAAACAACUUGUUGCUCCUAAGUCAACAGCUUUCUUAGCCAACUUACCUUCUCGUUCAGCUGGGAAGCUUUCUUACACCACCCGAAGCCAGCCUCAAAAGCAGGAACAGCUUGACACCAACAGCGCUACUACUUCUGCUGCUACACUUGCUCAUUUCCCUCACCAACAAUCGCCAUGGACAACAGUCGGUCCUAAUCGUCGCUUAAAGAAAUCAAGUGGUAAGAUAGGCAGAUCGAUCGAAGCCGUCUCUGAAUCUACACAUGUCGAUGUUCGCAUCCUCCAAGCUGCUAAACAGAAAAACUCAGAGGCUGUUGUAAACGCUUUUGUUCAGGGACGAUCUGCUGCUGGUGAAAAGGCCCCUCAUUUAUCUACUCAGACAUAUGAAGCUGUGAUUGAAGCCUAUGGUCGAUUGCGCAAACACAACCAGCCCUUGACGCCCAUGUUGAAUGCUUAUCAAGACAUGGUUGCUUCUGGUGUUCGUCCUACUUCUCAGACAUAUGCGCUUUUGAUUCGCUCUCUUUGCAGCAGACACACUGAAGUUCAAAGAACAGUUAGCAUGCUUCGACGUCAAAUUGCUCGCUCUGGCAAUCAUGUACCCAACUUAGUAGAAUUAGAAAAUGAGAAAAACAUGGAGAAGGCAUUUGACUUGUUUAACAAAGCUGUCAGUGAAAAGUGUACUCAAGACUUUGAUACUGAGCUCUACAACACGUUGAUCCGUGGCUUAUCACUCAAGGGCAGCAAAAAGGAAGGUCUCUAUAUCUAUGAACACCUUGAGAGUUCUCAUAAUGUUAGCCCCAACAGCAACACAUUUGCUACACUCAUGUUCCUUUUCGGCACAGCAGGUGAUUUGAAAGCUGUUCAAGAAUGCUUCAAGGAAUACAAGUUGCACAAGAGUAGACUUCCUCGUCAUGAUCCUGCCUAUGUAUACAAUGCCUUCGUCUAUGCUCAUUGUAAUGUAGGUGAUCUCAAGAGCGCUUUGGAUUUUGUUGAAAAUGUCAUGGUCAAGGAUCAAGUCAAGGUGACUAUUGUACCUUACAACAAGAUUUUGAGUAGAGCUUGUCUCGAUGGCAAUAUGGAGACUGCAGAGUCUAUGCUUACUCGCUUGGAAAAUGAUAGCAGCUUACCUAGACCUGAUGCAAACACAUACGGUAUUCUUCUUUCAGCUUAUGCUCGUCUUAAGAACUUUGACAAGGCCACUGAAGUUUACAAAAACUUGUUGAAUCAUGACAUUUCUAAACAGUAUGGUCAUUUGGCUGAUUACAUUUAUGCUUGCACUGCAAACAGCAUGCCUGUUCAAGCUUUUGAUGUUGUAAAGGACAUGACUUCUCGAGGUUUAGACUUGAAUGCUACUUUGUGUACAAAAGUGGUGAUGGCCUUUGUUGACAACAACCGCAUACAAGAAGCUAUCUCUGUUCUCAAGCCCUUGAUUGAAAUCCAUACCACGUCUAACUUUUUGGAUGCUUCCUCUCCUGUCUCUCAACUGGCAAUGGAUUUGACUACGAAGUGCAGCGAUAUCAAGUCUGCCAUGUCUAUUCUUGAUUUGAUGACACAUUACAAUAUCCAUCCUACACCUGCCGUGUGUGAUGUUGUAUUGAGAAUGUACAGAGAGACUAGAAAUGAUCCUGUUCAAUGGCAACACAUGUCGAAGGAUUUGACAAACCGGGUUUAUGCCAUUCUUUACGACGUUGCUUUCCGUAAAGAAAACACACCUGAAGGGUUUUGCCAAACUGCUUUCGAUCUCUUGCAAGAUAUGCACUCUUUGAACUUAUCUCUUCCUGCUAGUAUCUAUGUUCGUGUCUUGACUCGCAUGAAGAAAUAUGAGGCCAAAGAAUACGAAGCUCGUUGGAAGAAAGAGUUUGCUCCUUAUCUUCAAGAACAAACCAAGGCUGUACCUGUCAAGACUCCUGAAAGUGGUGAUGCUGUCCGUGCUGCUCCCUCUGCUGACAUUAUUACUGAAUCCGAUUUGCUUUCUUCCGAUGCUUUGGAGGCUGCUUUAUGCGGUAAGUUUGACGCGGCUGUUGAUGUGUUGAACAGCAAGAUUAUCAAGCAAGGUCUUAUUCCUACACCCGAGGCUGUACGUGAUAUGAUUCAACACUCUACCAAAUCCGGUCGUUUGGAUGCUGCUCAAGACAUCUACAAUACAGCUAUUGAUUCCUUUGGUCAACUGGAUAAUUACCGUAAGCAACGAGCACAUUAUGUUCUCUACAACUCUAUGUUAAUUGCUCAUGCUCGUAACGGUGAUCUCAAUGCUGCAAAGAUCUUCUAUGACAAGCUUCGUGGCGAAAACAUGUACCCUGAUGCUGAUGCCUAUGGUUCUCUGUUGGCCUGUACUGCUAACUCUACUACUGAUGAAUCAACCGAUGCUCUCGCCAUCUAUGAAGAAGCCAAGAAGCAUAAUGUCCGUCCUACUGUCUACUUUUACAACGUCAUCAUCUCCAAAUUGGCCAAAUGUCGCAAGAUUGAGCCUGUGCUGCACUUGCUUGAUGAAAUGAAGCAACUCGGUGUGUCUCCUAACUCUAUUACGUAUGCUUCUGUCAUCUCUGCUUGUAUUCGUUGUAGCUCAGAAAGCCGUGCUGCUCGUUAUUUCCAAGAAAUGAUCUCAUCUCCCAAGUAUCAGCCUCGUAUUGGUGCCUAUAACAGCAUGAUUCAGUUUUAUGUGCAACAAAAGCCCAACCGUGAAAAGGCGCUUGAAUACUACAACCUCAUGAAACGAUUCAACGUGAAGCCUUCUGAACAUACUUACAAGUUAUUGAUGGAAGCCUAUGCCAAUAUUCCUGCUUAUGAUAUGUUGACUGCACACAAGUUAUUGACUGAAAUGACCAAGCGACAUGGUAUUCGUCCCAAUGCUUCUCACUAUGCCACUCUGAUUAAUUCUUAUGGUUGUCUCCACCGUGAUGUUCAAUCUGCUUUGGCUGUGUACAAGGAAAUGCAAAAGGCAGGCGUCAAGGCUAGUGAAACUGUGUAUCAAGCUCUUUUGAAUACCUAUAUUGACAACAAUGACAUGAAGAGUGCUGAACAACUGUAUCAAGGCAUGCUUAAGGAAGGUACCAAGUCUUCUUCUUAUAUUGAAAAUUUGUUUAUUGCUGGUUAUGGUGCUCAAGGUCGUUUAGAUAAAGCUCAGCAGGUCUUUGAUAAAAUGAGCGACCAUGAUGAAUUGAGUAGAGAACCAAGUACUUAUGAAGCAAUGGUCAAGGCUUAUGUUGAAAAUGGACACAAAGAGCACGCUGUUCAGAUUAUAGACCAAAUGCGUGCCCGAGACUUUCCACCCAAGGUUGUUGAGGGUGUUAUUCAAAUUUUACAUUCUGCAAAGCAUUAGAUUACCCCCACUUGUACAUUAAAUAAAAUUAAGAAUUGAAACAUAUCUCGAG